GCGAGAGCCACAAGCCCCAGCACUGAGCUGCAGGCGCCGCGAAACUUCUCUCUACCCGCCCGGUCCGCGGCGCGCACCGGCUGCGCUGGACGCUUCCUCCUCGGAAGCGCCUCUCCCACAGUUAUGGAGAAAACUUGUAUAGAUGUACUUCCUCUUACUAUGAAUUCUUCAGAAAAGCAAGAGGUUGUAUGUAUUUUUGGAACUGGUGAUUUUGGAAGAUCAUUGGGAUUGAAAAUGCUCCAGUGUGGUUAUUCUAUUGUUUUUGGAAGUCGAAACCCCCAGAAGAACAACCUACUGCCCAAUGGUGCAGAAGUCUUGAGCUAUUCAGAAGCAGCCAAGAAGUCUGAUAUCAUAAUCAUAGCAAUCCACAGAGAGCAUUAUGAUUUUCUCACAGAAUUAACUGAGGUUCUCAAUGGAAAAAUAUUGGUAGACAUCAGCAACAACCUCAAAAUCAAUCAGUAUCCAGAAUCUAAUGCAGAGUACCUUGCUCAGUUGGUGCCAGGAGCCCACGUGGUAAAAGCAUUUAACACCAUCUCAGCCUGGGCUCUCCAAUCAGGAGCACUGGAUGCAAGUCGGCAGGUAUUUGUGUGUGGAAAUGACAGCAAAGCCAAGCAAAGAGUGAUGGAUAUUGUUCGUAAUCUUGGACUUACUCCAAUGGAUCAAGGAUCACUCAUGGCAGCAAAAGAAAUUGAAAAGUACCCCCUGCAACUGUUUCCAAUGUGGAGGUUCCCCUUCUAUUUGUCUGCUGUUCUGUGCAUCUUCUUGUUUUUCUAUUGCGUUAUAAGAGACGUAAUCUACCCUUAUGUUUAUGAAAAGAAAGAUAAUACAUUUCGUAUGGCUAUUUCCAUUCCAAACCGUGUCUUUCCAAUAACAGCACUUACACUGCUUGCUUUGGUUUACCUCCCUGGUGUUAUUGCUGCCAUUCUACAACUGUACCGAGGCACAAAAUACCGUCGAUUCCCAGACUGGCUGGACCACUGGAUGCUUUGCCGAAAGCAGCUUGGCUUGCUGGCCCUGGGAUUUGCCUUCCUUCAUGUCCUCUACACACUUGUGAUUCCUAUUCGAUAUUAUGUACGAUGGAGGUCAGGAAACCUAACCGUUACCCAGGCAAUACUCAAGAAGGAGAAUCCAUUUAGUACCUCCUCAGCCUGGCUUAGUGAUUCAUAUGUGGCUUUGGGAAUACUUGGAUUUUUUCUGUUUGUACUCUUGGGAAUCACUUCUUUGCCAUCUGUAAGCAAUGCAGUCAACUGGAGAGAGUUCCGAUUUGUCCAGUCCAAACUGGGUUAUUUGACCCUGAUCUUGUGUACAGCCCACACCCUGGUGUACGGUGGAAAGAAAUUCCUCAGCCCUUCAAAUCUCAGAUGGUAUCUUCCUGCAGCCUAUGUGUUAGGGCUCAUCAUUCCUUGCACCAUGCUGGUGAUCAAGUUUGUCCUAAUCAUGCCAUGUGUAGACAACACCCUUACAAGGAUCCGCCAGGGCUGGGAAAGGAACUCAAAACACUAGAAAUCAGCAUUGAAUGGAAAAAUCAGAUAUUUAAAACAAAGUUCAAUUUACCUGGAGUUCUGAACUAUAGUGUUGAAUGUUUAAAGAAGAAUGACAGGUACAGUUAGGAAAGCUUUUUUCUUUCCUGUGACUGAAGGAAAUGUGACUGAAGGAAACAUUGCCUGUCUUUGAGAAAUUGACAUACUGGAAGAGAACACCAUUUUAUCUCAGGUUAGUGAAGAAUCAGUGCAGAUCCCUGCCUCUUAUUUUCCCGGAGGCCAUGGGGCUGAGAUUGAAAUUAGCUUUGUGGUUUUACACUAAAGAAUUUCCUUACUAUGGGCAACAUGCAUGACCUACUAUCUUGCAAAAUCCAGUAGAAGUAUGUGCAACUUCCUUCUCUGGCUCAAGGGCUGAGUUAAGUGAAAGGAAAAACAGCACAAUGGUGACCACUGAUAAAGGCUUUAUUAGGUAUAUCUCAAGAAGUGGGUCACAUGAAAUGUGAAAAGGGAAUGAGUUUUUUUGUUGUUUUUUGGAAGUAAAGGCAAACAUAAAUAUUACCAUGAUGAAUUCUAGUGAAAUGACACCUUGACUUUGCUUUUCUCAAUACAGAUAUUUACUGAGGGGAACUAUUUUUAUAACACAAGAAAAAUUUACAAUUGAUUAAAAGUAACCAUGUCUUGGAUACAUGCAAAUCUAUAGAGUUGGCAUGUAAUUCUUCCUCUACAAAGAAUAGGCAUAGGAAAGAUUGAAUAAAAAUUGAGGGAUAUCUACUGGAUUUCACUUGCAUUGUGCAUAAGCAAAGAAGGGUUGAUAAAAGUUCUGGAUCAAAAAGUUCAAAUAAACCAGAAUUUUAGACAGCAAGCUAAAUAAACAUUGUAAAGUUGCACUAUAUUAGGUUUAGCAUUAUUUAGAUAUUACAAUAUGCUUUGUAAAUUUUAUAUUCCAAUUAUUGUUCAGUAUUUGUCAUCUAUUAAUUUCUAGUAUAAAUAAGUAGCUUCUAUAUCUGUCUUAGUCUAUUAUAAUUAUAAGCAGUAAAAUUAAAUAAAUAAUCUGCAGGUAUAAAUUUGAACAAUGCAUAGAUGAUCGAAAAUUACAGAAAGUCAUAGGGCAGAGAGGUGUGAAGAUUUGUCAUUAUGUGAAAUUUGGAUCUUUCUCAAAUCCUUGCUGAAAUUUAGGAUGGUUCUCACUGUUUUUCUGUGCUGAUAGUACCCUUUCCAAGGUGACCUGCAGGGGGAUUAACUUUCCUAGCUCAAGCAUGGAGCUAAAAGGAGCCUUAUGCUUGAUCUUCCCACGUACCAAAAUAACCAAUAGGCACUGAGUUUGGCAUUUUUCUGCCUGCUCUACUAAGACCUUUUUUUUUUUACUUUCAUUAUAACAUAUUAUACAUGACAUUAUACAAAAAUGAUUAAAAUAUAUUAAAACAACAUCAACAAUCCAGGAUAUUUUUCUAUAAAACUUUUUGAAAAUAAUUCUGUCUACCUUAUAUAUUCAAUUUUACAUCCUUUUUUUAAAGGCUUUGUUUUUCUAGAGGCUUUGUUUUCCUUUUUUUAUUAUUUUUUAUUUUUUUGAGACAAUCUUGCUCUGUUGCUCAGGCUGGAGUGCGAUGGCACAAUCUCAGCUCACUGCAACCUCCUCCCAGGUUCAAGCGAUUCUUGUGCAUCAGCCUCCCGAGUAGCUGGGACUACAGGCAUAUGCCACUAUGCCUAGCUAAUUUUUGUACUUUUAGUACAGACAGGGUUUCACCACAUUGGUCAGGCUGGUCUUAAACUGCUGGCCUCAAGUGAUCUGCCUGCCUCUGCCUCACAAAGCACUGGGAUUACAGGCAUUAGUCUGGCCUUAUGUGAUAUAUUUUCUUAAUGGCUGCAUAAUAUCACAUCAAAUAGGCAUUUUUCAAACCUCUUUCCUUAUUAAACAUGUAGACUAUAUCCAUUUUUUUACUAAAACAAAUAACAUUUCAGGUAUCUUUGCACUAAUAAUGUUUUUCCAUAUUUUUAAUUAUUUCCUCAGAAUACCUGCCAAGAAUUGGGAGUAUAGAAUUAAACAACUUUUACUAGCAUUUGCUAUAUAUUGCCAAUUCAUUUCUAAAGUGACCUUAUCAAUUUCAUUACCAUUGGAUGAGGGUGUUGCUUUUAUUACACUAUUGUAGAUAGUCUUUUUUAUUUCAAUUUGUGUUUAUUUAUAACUAGUUGCAAAGGUACACAGAACACAUGCUCCUUCAACUUAUCUUUGAUAAACCCAAGCAAGAAUACAAAAAGCUGGAAGACAUUGAGUAGAGUCAUGUUAUAUGGUGCUGAACCUACAGUAUCAGUGGAAAAGACAGGGAAAAUGUCACUACUCAUCUAUGUUAUGCAGAACAGUCAGGUGUGCUGGGGCUGGAUACUGCUCUUUGACUUGAGCAUUGGUUGAUUAAAGUUUAAGUAUCACUCAGGUUGGUCUAGAGAAGCCUUUGGAGUUAACCAUGCUCUUUUUUGUUAAAGAAAGGAGUAAUGUGUUUAUCCUGGCUCACAGUCCAUCACCGAAAAUAGAAAAUGCCAUUUAUAGGUAAAAUGCUGACCUAUAGAAAAAAAUGAACUCUACUUUUAUAGCCUAGUAAAAAUGCUCUACCUGAGUACUUAAAAGCAAUCCAUGAAGCCUGAAGCUAAAGAGCACUCUGGUGGUUUUGGCAUAACAGCUGCAUUGCCUAACCUGAACUUUGGCCCCAACCACAAGAGCUCCAAGCCCCACCAGCUGACCAAAGAAAGCCCAAGUUCUCCUUCUGUCCUUCCCACAACCUCCCUUCUCCCAAAACCAUGAGAUUAAUUUGACCAUAUUAACACAGCUGACUCCUCCAGUUUACUUAAGGUAGAAAAAAUGAGUUUACAACAGAUGAAAAUAGGUGCUUUGGGUGAACAGUAUUCCUUUUAACAGAUCCAAACUAUUUUACAUUAAAACAAAAGUUAAACUAAACUUCUUUACUGCUGAUAUGUUUCCUGUAUUCUAGAAAAAUUUUUGUACUUUCAUAUUAUUUUUGUGCACUUUCCCCAUGUUAAGGGAUGAUGACUUUUGUAAAUGUGUAUUCAUUAAAUGUUACUUUAAAAGUA